AUGGAUAAGCCGGAUAGACGUGUACGGAAGUCAAAUUUCAGCGACGAAGAAGUCCGAGUACUUCUUGAAGAAAUACAACUUGAGCAUGUAACGUUAUUCAGCAGCCACAACGCGACCAUCACGAGGGAGGUGCAAAAAGAAGCUUGGGCGAGAAUCGCCAAAAAGGUUAACUCUUGCGGCGUGGCAGUGCGCACUGUCCAUGAAGUGAAGGAGAGGUUUCGAGCCUUGAAAGGAGGUGUGCUCAACAAAAGACGGGACGAAAAGAAGACGGGAGGAGGGCCACCACCAGCGCCAGUACCCUAUUGUGGCAGUAUGGGCUGA